UUAGCUUUUUCCUCUCUCAACCACUCUCAACCAUCAACUAUAACCACCUUGACGCUCUAUCCGCCCGUAUAUUCCCAUCCCCUUAUCCAAUAACAUACUUUUGCAUCGCAUCAAUAUUGUCUAUUGUCUAGUCUGUUGCAUUCAAAAGAGGCCUAACAAGAUGUCAACCUAUUACGUAGCUCCCCGCGAGAAGCGCUAUCACAAGUACAAGAAAGUCCUGUACCUAGAACCGCCAACCAACGGCAGCAAGACCGUUCGCACGCGAGUCACCACCAUCGUUCCUCCGCCGGCCCCCGCGCCAGUCCCGUCGCCGCCUCCCGUCCGCGUGCUGCCUGAGCCCGUCCACACGCCCACACCACCCCCGCCGCCGCCGCCACCAGUCAUCGUCGAGCCCCUCCCACCACCACCACCGCCCCCACAACCAGCGCCCAUAUACCACGCGCCGGCGCCCUGCCCGCCGCCGCAGUACCCGGAGUCCGAGCACGACACGGAGAUCGACGUGAUCGCCGUCGACGUCGACGCGGACCAGGAGUCCACCGUGUACUCCAAGUCGCACAAGAGCUCGCGCAGCAAGAGCUCGUCGCGCAGCUCCAAGUCGUCCUCGCGCAGCAGCCGCCGCAGCCGCGACAGAGAAGUUUAUAUCGAGCGCGAGCGCUUCGUGCCUGUCCGUGUUCCCGUGCCGUACCACGUCCACCACGUCGAGGUUGAGCAGCCCCAGCAGCAGGACUCCUUCCGCUACAUCGAGGCGCCGAGAAGGUACGAGCCGCCCAGGAAGCGCAGCGAGGACCACGAGAUUGUGAUUGAAGAUCAUCGUCAUCGGAAGUAUAUCAGAGACGGCUGAGUGAUCGGCUUGUGCUUAUAUACGCCCCACCUACCUACACACUUGUCUUUCUAUCUAUCUUUCUAUCAAUCUAUCCAUCUACUAUACGUUUGAAUUUGGUUUGAAUAUACACGGGAAGGAGUUCGGAGACGCUCUGCUAAGAUUGUCAUGAAGCUACGAGGAUGGAUGGAUGACGGCGCACCAAGAUCAUGAGACAUGUACAAGGCAAUGCGGCUUGGGGGCCACGGGAGGAUAGGAAACUCGGAGUUUGGAAUACGUCGUUCAGUUCAUUCUGUACACAUCUAUGAACAUACUGAUUUUUUGGGACAGCAGUUUCCUACUAAUAUUCCUAAUGUAUAUUAUGGAGCAGUAUUACUGUCUUAAGCCAUUGCAGUGGGAGGUAUUCUGCGGUCAGGGCUGAGACUACUUAGGUAGUAUUGGUGGUUCUUAAUAACCAGUCGGUCCAUGACCUUCGUUAACAAGUAUAUCACACAUGUCCACAAUUGGUAUGCCGUGAAUAGAUGCUAGUCACGAUGAUGAUAAACUUCUAAGUCGUAGGAAUAUAUACUACCGCCCCUCCAACCUAGGCUCCAU